AUGAGCAACGCGCAAGCCGUGCCGUAUCUCCUCCAAUUCAUCGGGCGCAACCUCCGCAUCCACGUCAGCGACCAGCGCAUGUUCAUCGGGCAGUUGAAGUGCACCGACAAGGACCGCAACAUCAUCCUCGCGCUCACGCACGAAUACCGCGCGCCCACGGACGCGGCCAUCCGCGCUGCGAUCGCGUCCUCCGGCGACCCUGCCGUGCAGCUGCCGCUCACGAGCCGGUACGUCGGCCUCGUCGUCAUCCCCGGCCAGUACAUCACGCGCAUCGAGUUCGAGGAGAGCGCGUUCGCGCCCAAUCCGGUCAGUCUUUGA